AUGGACAGUUUGGGUGUUGAAUCGUGCUCAAGUUCACACUCAUCUUCAUCGUUACCAGGCUUGAAUCUAAUUUGUUCUAGUAAUCACAUAGAACAACGACCAUCUGAUUCAUCGAACAGCUCCGAAACAUCCGUUUCACCAGCACCAUCCAAUAUCGAUUCAAACAGGCAGCUAUCCGUAAACGAAAAUAACCGAGAUGGAAUAUAUUGGGAGAAACGGCGCCAUAACAAUGAUAUCGCAAAAAGAUCACGCGAAAGACGUCGUAUAAAUGAUAUGAUUAUGGAACAGAAGUUACUCGAACUGACUAAAGAAAACAAUUUACUAAGGAGUCGGUUGAAACAACAACAACAGCAGCAACGACAACAACAACAGCAGCAGCAACAGCAGCAACAACAACAACAGCAACAACAACAACAACAACAACAGCAACAACAACAACAACACCAACAAGAACAAGAAGAACAAACAUUGCGAUUGGUAACAUCUGCCACGCAUGACACUGUUAUUGUAUCAACAGCACAAAUUAAAGAUACAAUCGGUGCAGUGAUACCAACGGUACCAUCAUUACCGGUUUCAUCGGUAACAACACUUGCAGCUAAUUUGGCAAAUGUUAUUGGACCACCAUCAAAGUUACCAGCAAUGUUUCCAACACAUUUAUUUGCUGCUACUCCUUUACUUGCUGCAUCACCCGGUUCUGCUCCUUCACCAAUUUUUCCACAAUCCGGAACUGCUUCAACAUCACUUUUGGCACCUGCAAAUGUUAAUGCUGGAUCACAUGUAUCUACGGUACAGCAAUUUCCAGCAUUACAAAUAUGCUCUCUUCAAGCUGCACUACAACAAGUACAACAGAAUUACUGCUCAUCAUCCGGGCCAGCGACAAUUUCUUCUGGACAUGGUGCAUUUCAACCGUUUCAUAGUUCACGGGAUCCAACAAGUUCCACGCAAAGUUACAGUCCGGAUUCAUCAACAACUGAUGCUACACCAGUAGAUUAUUCAAUGCAUGGUACUAUUCAUACAGAAACGCCCUCCGAUCCAUUACAUAUUUUACGACAUCAAUUAUUGGAACGACAACCGGAUUUAUCAGCAGAGACACGAAUGGAACAGCAAAUAUCGAAUGAUGCUUUAGCGCAAUCAUCAUCCUCUUCAGAUAAAGCUCGAGAAAGCGAUCCGGAUGAUAAACCGCGAUCAUUGCUUGGCUCGUUACUUUCCACUAAACGGACUUCACCGCUGGUUGCACAAAGUCGAACCGAUACUCAUUCCGGUCUCAACAACACAUCACCCAAAGAUAAUGAUUUGAAAAACUGUUUGAGUAGUUUGGCAGUAAAUUUGAGUACCGCCUUAACGGUACCAGGAACUAUAUCAUUAGAUGAAACAUCAUCUAAGCCUGGCGUAAUGUGCUCCCGCACUUCAACAACAAAAAGUGAUAGCAGUGAUAGUAUGGAAUCACCAACCAGUAACAAUAGUACAACCGAUUCAAUGAAAUCACAACUAAGUCCUCCAACAUUGAAACAUUCCGCAAUUGUCAAAGCAUUACGCUCACGACCAUCUAGCAAGCAACAAUAUAUGGAUCGUCGACGGCGUAACAAUGAAGCAGCAAAACGAUGUCGUGCAAAUCGUCGAGCUCAAUUUGAAUAUCGUAGUAAACGAGCUCAACAAUUGGAAGCAGAAAAUGAUGAACUUCGACGAGAGAUGAAUCGUUUAAAUCAAGAAUUGGAACAACUUAAAGCGUUACAUGCAGCUAAAAAUGCUACCGUUAUUCAACGAUGA